AUGGAUGGGUGGAUGGAGAGGAGUGAGGCUGACGCUGAGGUGAUGAUUCUGCAGGCUGUGCUGGAAGGGGUGGGUGACGGUGUUGAGCUUGGCAGAGUGGUGGCGGAGUCUGGAGAAGAGGAGGUGGGGAAGCGUGGAGAAGAGGAGGUGGGGGAGCGUGGAGAAGAGGAGGUGGGGGAGCGUGGAGAAGAGGAGGUGGGGGAGCGUGGAGAGGAGGAGGUGAGGGGGCGUGGAGCGGAGGAAGGGGGGGAGCGUGGAGAGGACGUGAGGACGGGGUGCGGAAACGAGGUGGUGUGGGGGUGUGGAGAGGAGGUGGUGUGGGGGUGUGGAGAGGAGGUGGAGGUGUGGUAUGAAGCAGAGGCGGAGGUGGGGUGUGGAGAGGAGGAGGUGGGGGAUCGUGGAGAGGAGGUGGUGGGGGAUCGUGGAGAGGAGGAGGUGGGGGAUCGUGGAGAGGAGGUGGUGGGGGAUCGUGGAGAGGAGGUGGUGGGGGAUCGUGGAGAGGAGGUGGUGGGGGAUCGUGGAGAGGAGGUGGUGGGGGAUCGUGGAGAGGAGGUGGUGGGGGAUCGUGGAGAGGAGGUGGUGGGGGAUCGUGGAGAGGAGGUGGUGGGGGAUCAUGGAGAGGAGGAGGUGGGGGAUCGUGGAGAGGAGGUGGUGGGGGAUCGUGGAGAGGAGGUGGUGGGGGAUCGUGGAGAGGAGGUGGUGGUGGGCACCCCUGCACGUGCUUAUGCUGCUGCACCUGCUGCCACUGCUGUUUGUGCAGGAGCAUCAGCAGGAGGAGCGAUCCUGCUGGAGUUGCCUGAGGAGGAGGCAGUUGUUGUGAGCACGCCUGCACGUGCUGCUGCUGCUGCUACUGGAGGUGGUUGGGAUGUGGGAUGCACGCCUGCAGGAGCAUCAGCAGGAGUGCCAGUGGUAGACCUGACCUUGGAGGCGACUCCAGGGCCAGCAGCAGCAUCACCAGGAGUGAUAGUGCUAGAGCUGACUGAAGAGGAGGCGCGGAUGUGGAACCAGCAGCAGGUGAAGAACGUGGGUUUACUGUGGCCCAAAAGCUGGGUUCUUUGCGAGUCUAAAAGUCUCUCCCAUGCUCUCUCCCUUGCUCUCUCCCUUCCUCUCUCCCUUGCUUUCGCCCAUGUUCUCUCCUCUGCUCUCUCCCUUGCUCUCUUCCGUGCUCUCCCCCAUGCCUUUUCCCAUGCUCUCUCCUCCUGCUACCAUCAGAAGCAUAAGAGGCAACGCAAGACUCGUCAGCGCACUCACGAGAAUGACAUGUAA